AUGUAUCAGAAAAAAAAAUCCGACGAAGGUGAUAUUGCACGAACAUUCUAUCGAGCAGGUGGCAUUAAUGAAAAGAAGCUGGAGAAAAUGAAGAAAAAACAGAAAAGUCAAUUCAUAUCGUUGCUCGGCUUUAUUUCAACAACAACUAAUAUUGAAAUUGCUAAAGGCUAUGCUCGAAAGCAACAGAUCUCUAAAGGUAGCACAAGAGUUUUGUUUGAAAUCAGUAUCAAACCCAAAGAACCAUGUACAGCAUUUGCAUACAUCGACGGUAUAUCAUUUCAUCCGGAAGAAGAAGAAGUACUAUUUAGUAUGGGUUCCGCGUUUGUUGUCGAUGACAUUGUUGAUCCCCCAGACGGCGAAAAUUUUCACACAAUCAAACUGAUAGCAUCCGAAAUCGAUAAGACGCUUAUCGACGAUAUCCGAACUAAAGUUGAAGAUUGUUCACCGUCCGGUCGUGCCGUUUUGCUAGCUCAGUGUCUUAUCGAAUUGGGCGAAUAUCGAGCAGCUCGCAAAUAUCUCAAUUCACUUCUAACUCAAUCAUAUGACGGAGGCAUAUUGAUGAAUGAUCCGAAUCUCGCUACUAUUCACAGUUGUUUAGGCACGACAUACGCUCGGCAAGGUCUUCAUGGUGAUGCACUCAAAGCAUACAAACAAGCACUAAACGCUCAAGCGCGCCUUGAAUAUUCAAAUAACAACGCGCUCUCGAAUAUUCACAAUAACAUCGGAUUGGCCUACGUCGGCUUGGGUCAUUUAGACGAAGCCGAGAAGACAUUAGAGAAAGCAGUACGUAUUCAACAACGAGAACUUAAUUCAAAUCAACAACAUCUUGCAUCAAUUUAUGGCAACAUAGGUUAUGUUCAUUACAAAAAAAGAAAUUAUAAUAAUGCGUUAGAGGCAUUUGGUAAAGCUGAAAAGAUCUACAAGCAAAGUUCAAGCAAAAUUGCACAUGAUGAACUGGAACAGUCUUUAAUGAAAGCUGAAUAUUUGACAAAUUAUGGACAUUUACUUAGCACUUGCAAACCUUUAGCAGAUGCACAAGACCGUUACAGCGAUGCACUCAAGCUUUACAAAAGUAUUCUGCCUGAUGGUGAUCCUAAACUAAUGCAAACUCAUAUCAAUAUAAUGCUUGCAUAUGCGCGAAAUGGGAAUUUUAAAGAAGUUACUAACUGGUUUGAAGAUUCAACAGUGCAAAAACUUAUUGAGAAACAAGAAAUUAACAUGUUUGAAUUGAACAGUUCGGUAACACAAGCAGAUCUCGCCUUUCUACAUAAAUUAGUCGGUGCUUGUUAUGCCAUGCAAAGUUCAUUCGGGCAAGCUAUUCAUUUGUGGACGCGUACAAUAGUAUUUAAACCACAACGUCAUAUUGAUCAAUAUCAGUACCGUGAAGCAUUGGAUUUUUAUAAACAUGCGCUCGAGGUACAAACUUUGAAUUUAACUAGUGAUCAUCCUGGAAUUAAAAAGAUUUGCUAUGCCAUAGGUGAUAUUUAUUGUAAAUUGGAUAAAUUGUCAAACGCAAUGGAAAAAUACGAUGUAGCUGAAAACAACAGCUCAAAUGAAGAUUCAGAAAACGUUGCUCAGCAAGAGAAAAUGAAUUCAGAAGACUCAAUAGAAAUAUUCAUUGCUCGAAUCAGUAUGCAUCGACACUUAGCCGAACUUUAUGGAAAAAAACAAGCCUAUGAAGAAGCUAUUUCAGAAAUGGAUAAAAGUAUUAAUUUACUUAAAGAAGAAUUGCCAUCAUCAACAUUUGAGGUGAGCGAUGAAACGAUACUGAUACAAAAGCAUAUGGAUGAAUCGAUGUUUAUUAUUAGUCUGCAACAACUUGCCAAGUGUUAUUUGCAUUUAGGUGAUAUUCUAGGUUCUGCACAAGAUGAUCAAUGUGGCUAUAUAGGAGCUCUCAAUAUCUACAAGAAACUCUUCGAAUAUGAUAAAGAAUUAGCAAAAGAUAAACUUGUUUUGAUAUUCAACAAGCUAAGCCGUUAUUUCGAGGAUACCGAAGAGGAUGAGGAUGCUCUAGAAUACUUACAAGCAACUGUGGAGUUAGAGCAACCAACAAUCGCCACUCUGUAUCGAUUGGGAAAUUUGAAUGUUGCUUGUGAAGAAUUAGAUGAAGCUAUGAAAAACUACAAGGAUAUAUUAUCACAUGGGUCUAUCAGUAAACAAAAGCAACUAAAACAAAUUAUACAGAAGAAACUUGAUAAAGUUAAAGAAGCUAAAAAAUCACAAAGACGUAAUUCAACAAGUUCUAUCGAGUCUGAUGAACGUUCGUCUAAUGGCAUCGUGUCUAAUUCUCCUAAUAAACUUAGCAGAAGUACAACUAUUGUAUCGGCAAUUUCUCAUCGUCAAAGUGAAGUUGAUCCGGACUUAAAUGCAAACAAUAAAGCAUGCGUAGAUGAUUUCUCCGAUUAUCGAAACAUGGCUGCCGCUUAUCGAGUGCUUGGUGAUUUUAAUAUGUCAAUAAAAUACUAUGAAAAAGAUAUUGAAAGAUGUCGUAAGAAUAUAGAAGAUCCAAACAUGUUUGAAACGCAACUGGAAAAAAUCGAAGAAGCCAAAUAUAAGUAUGAACAACAGAAUACAUUGUUCAUUUGGUCUAAAAUAUUUCAUUCUUUGGUCAAUCAAAUCCGAAAUACGACUAAUUUUGAAGAUUCAAACAUCUUAGAAUUAGCUAACUCGUUCUUUCAAUGUGCUCAACUUUAUGAAGAAUCUUCAUCUUAUCUCGAAAGUAUUGUUGAUUACAUUUCAGCUUUCGGUUUAUAUGCCUCGAAAUCUUUAACUGAAAUCCAAGUAUUAAUCUAUGAUAUGAUAAAUAAAAUAAAUUCUUUCAUAGAAUGUCGUCUCAAAAUAUCAGAAAUUCUUGAAGUCUGUCAGCCAGUGUUACCAUCACAUGAUUUUAUUCGAAUACAAUUGAAUAUAGCAGCUAUGUAUCGUGAUAAUAAUAUAGAUGAUGUUGAAGAUGUAGAUGGUGAUUCUGACACAAGCAAUGAAUCAAGAAUGAUUGCAUUUAACUUAUAUAAGAAAUUGUUAGAAACUAAUGAUGGUGAUGUGCUCACAAAAGGUGACAUCAUGUUGAAUCAAGUACCUAAUCUCUGUCUAUCUAAUGGUUUAGCAUUCUAUGAAAUACCGGAUUGUUUAAAAAUCUUAACUGAAUUAGAAGAAAGAUUAAUAUCACCAAGAAUUCCUUUUAUGGUAAUUCGAAGUUUAGGUUAUUCUUAA